AUGAAGGUGGACACGGACGGCUCCCUCGAGCACUUCACGAUGGGGCUCAAGAUCUGCGAGAGGUGCUACAGCUUCUGCGACGAAUGCCUGCCUGGCACCCCAUUGCCAGAGAUCUGUGAGCUGAUGCGGGCUGAUGAUAACGAGGACAUCAAGAGGGCCUUGGAGGUCUUCGACAACGGGAAGAAGGUAGAGGAGCUCAACGCCCAUUCGUUGACGGGCCAUCACGAGAACGCCCGCGGAGCCGAGCUGUACGUGAAGCACCUCGCUUUGACUGCGAAGGAAGUGCAGAAUGAAUACCAAAAAGCGCCCAAGACCCUCGGCAUGGUUGCCUACGACAUGGGAGCGACUGGUAUAGAUCCGAUCUACCUCGUGAAGCGCUGCCCUGAGCUGGAGGGCAAGUACCCCGUCAUCAAGAUUUACUUGGCGAGCGGCCAGGUCGUCCAGGAGUCCGCGUUUAGAGGGCCUAACUUCUGCCUCUUCCCUGGGCACUCCAGCCGUCUCAUGCUGGGCCUCGCUCGCCUGCGCACUUCGGGUUCUGGUGGUGGAGGGCAAUUCAUGGGCUCCCGUCGAGUCGGUGCCUUGGACCUCCAAGUCAUGUAUCACAGCGACAUCUUGGAGAAGGUCGACAAGCUGAAGCUGAAGGCCAGCCAGAGGAAGGGCCCGAACAAAGGCCCAGACGCGCCUGGAGACAUCUACAACGAGGACGAAGACAUGGACGGGGGGAGCGACGCCGUGGACGACGACAUGGAGGGGAUUAGCGACGCCGAGACCCUCCGCCUGGGCGGUGCGCCGAGCGGCGCUGCCUCCUGCGCUUCGGGCCCGACGGGCACCGCGCCUUCCGCGGUGGCGAAGAGGAGUCGGGAUUCAGAAUCCCACCUAUCCAGUUCGGGUAAGAAGUUGAAGGCAGAGGAGGAGGAGCCGAACCCGCACCAGGUAGGCUCCUACCAGCACUGGCUUUACGAGCUCAAGUUCGAGAAAGCGCUCGACGGAGACUCCCUCGGAAGACAAAUUCGACAGUCCAAGGAUAAGUUGCCGAAGCUGCCCGAAGACCAGAAGACGAUCCUCAGCAGGAGGUUGGAACUGGCAGAGAACGCGGUCAAGCUCAGCUACCAGAAGCUGCACACCAUGAAGGACGAGGAGUUCACGUCUCUCUGGACGCCGUUGAAGAGAGGCGGUUGCAAGAUGACCAUGAAGUUUCGGAUUGCGCUGUACCGUAGGUGCGCCCACAAUCUCUGGGAGCGCGCGCUUUUGAAGGAUUCGCCCGACCUCGGCAAGGACAUCAGCUCGUUGAUCGAUUCAGCGGUAUUGUGGCAUGAACCAUCUCAGAAGCAGAAGCUGGUAAACGAGUUCGACCCCCUUAAGCCCACGCUGCUUGGCAUCGGCGCUAGCGACAACAAGACGGCCCAGGUGUUCAUGGAGUGCCUGUUCGGCAAGAACUUCCUGAAGAUCAUCGAGAUGGGCGAGGAUGGAGACACCAUCAUCAAGAAGUUGUCCGAGACGGCUUGCCGUCGUUGGUCCAUGACAGAGGAUGCCGAGAUAGGCGACGUAUCUGCCGCCGUCCACGUGGAUGCGAUGAAGGUUCUCGGCGUCCUGGUGAGCGUGAUGGACGCGGGCAUCGACGUGGGCACGGACUUCGGCGCGGUGUCCGAGGUCAAGGAGUUCGAGGCGGAAGCGUACAAGACUGACGGUUGUGAUCGGCCCGCGAACAUCGCUUCGGUGGCUUGCAGUAAGAACAAGACGUGGGAGGCCAGGAUCACGUCGAAGCUCCAGUCGAGCGAGCUCAUGGUCGAGCACGGCCCGAAGAUCAAGAGCGCACUCCUGGAGAUGAAGGGGCUGCCCGAGGGCCCCUCUUCCGAGGCGGCAAAGGUGCUCGACAAGAUCAGCAACGACGUGCCGUACUGGGAGUCCGUGCUGCCCAAGGAGGCUUCGAGCAUCGUGAAGGCCGAGUUGAGGGAUCAGACCCUGAAGCGAGCGAACGUGCUCAUCGAGGUGGACGCUGAUGGGAAGCCGGCCUGUGGUCUGAUAAAGGCCACUCAUGAUCUCCGCUUGUCCGAGUACAUGGGCUGCGUGAAGAGCGUGGCGAAACUGUUCCCAGGAGAUCCUGGCUUUGCUCGGGUGCUGCUUUCGAUUUCGAGGGCCCUCGCUGAGAUGGACUUGUCGUCGAAGUUCCAGAUCCUGCAGGACGCGGCGAACGGUUGGGUCCCCGACGCCGACAGCACCAUGAAGUUGAAGGACGCCGUCAAUGCCUGUGCGAAGAAGGACUUGCCCAACGAGGUCACUGCUGCGGUCGAGGGACUGCUGGUCAAGAUCUACACUGCCAUUACGGAGUGCGGAGAAUCUAAGAUCCUUCCAGAGACGCACAAUCAGGAGCCCAUCCAUGCCAACGUCAUGGCGACCUGCGCCGAGAAGCUGGGGCAGCACAAGUUCGUCAACAUGGCGGAGGUGCUCCGAUCCGCUUGGAGGCUCCAGAGUUUCGCGUCCAAGCUGGACACCGACGUCCAGAGCCAGAGCGAGGACCUCGACAAAGCGCUGCGGGAGGCGCACCGCGCCCUCCAGAAGACAUCGCAGGACAUGAGCGCCAUGGCAUCGUACUGGGACUCGUCCGACAAGAUGGUGGAGGAGAAGCUGAAUGAGAUCCACGCGUCUGCCAAGACAUCGACUCAGAGGGCUGGUGCCGUCCUCCGCCAGCCGCACUUGGACGCGGCCACCGCCUCGGCCAAGACCUUGCGCGCGGAGAUCGAGGAGCACCCGUCGACCAAGGAGUGGAAGCAGGCCAUGGAGCAGUGCACGAGUACGGACGAGCUUAGGGAAGAGUUCCCGAAAAGCUUCAUGGGGGCGCCCGUGCACAGGUGGAAGAGCCUGGCCGACGAGAUACACAGUGCGCUUGACGACGCGCAGAAGAAGACGAAGGACUUCGACCUGGCGUCGAUCGAAAAUGAGAUCAGCAUCGACAACCAGGUGAAGGUCAAGGCCCGCGUAGCCUACGUCACGCACGCAAUGAUGACGAAUAUUACCGAUCAGGCCCUGCUGCGCAACCUCAUGGAGAUGAGGAAGAGGAUGCGCGAGAUCCAGACGACGCUGCGCGAGUGGGAGAUCGUGCCAGACAUGAUCAAGAGCACGUGCCUCCUGCAGAGCUACACGAACGCUCUCAAGAUGAAGCCCAUCUAG